GCUUCAAUUGUCAAGCAAAAGAUCUCCAACAGAAGGCCACGAUGUGUCACUGUUUCCUGAGCGGUUGGCUGGUCCUCAGGACGCUGGCGGGGUUCGCUCUCUACAUCGCCGACUUCGUGACCGACGUCGUCCUGGCGGCGGAGUACUACAGUAACGGAGAUUACUACUGGUUCGGCCUGACGUUGGGGUUCGCCUUGGUGCCGCAGAUAUUUGUCAACAUCUUCCUGAUGUACCUGGACGGAUGCAAGUGGUACUAUUUGCUUCCCAUCGGCGUUCCGGCCAAUUACCUCCAGGUCCUGUACGCUUUCUUCCGUUGCAAACACGAUCCUGGGGACAUCCUGGAUGCCCGUGAGAAAGAAGACCAUGACGACCAGAAGCCCGUGGCCCGCGCCGUGAACCACCUCCUCCCGCUGGCCCGGCUCGUCGGCACCCUGCUGGAGUCCCUCCCGGAAAUCUGCCUACAGAUCUACGUCCUCCUCCGAAGCGGCGAGCUGAGUAACCUCGAGAUACCGACCCUGAAGGCCGUUACCAUGGCUCUGUCCUUCGUAGCCUCGCUCUACUCCAUCAUCGAGUGGGAGACGAGCUUCCCCAAGAUCAGGGCCGUUGCCUGGGGGACGCUUGUCUGCCUGUGGAAAAGCAUCGACCUGGCGGCACGGAUCUUAGCUUUCUGCCUCUUCGCUUCCAUCUAUCGAUACUGGGUGUUUGUGAUGGCCGGUAUUCACUGGCUAGUCAUGGCAGUGGUAGAGAAUGUGUUCUGCCAAUAUUUUCGCGGAGGCAAGGCUUACAUGGAGUCAGGAGCCGACGUGCUCUCCAACAGUAACCGUUGUAUGCAGUUCAUGUUUAACACGUUUGUUGUGGCUCCUGUAGAUGUGUUCACCUGGAUCACGUUUGGGUCCAGACAGCGGAGUAAGAUACAGCCUGUCCUAAACAGCCUACUGAUGUUGGCUGGUAACAUAGCGAUGGUAUCAGUCUGGUAUUCGUACAAGGAGACUGUGUCCUGGUUUGACGACCCUUUUUUAAGUGUAGUGCUUGUAGGAUCAGCGGUAUCUGUGUUACUGCAGACUAUGUACUGGUGUUGUUACAGACCAAGUUGUUGCUGUAGUGCCAUUGACAAUGGGUACAAUGUGUACGUGUAGGGAAUAAGCACGUUUAUAAGCACGUUUUCUUACACAGAAACUUGGCUUAAAAAUGGUUUCUGGGAACCCUGAAAUCUAAUACUAGAUUGUGCAGGUCAAUAGGUCUAAAUCAGAAACAGUUCUGUAACAACGUCCGUAGACCACUGUUAGAAAACUGUAAUUCUUCACAUAUGUUUUAAUCAUAAUGUAUAUAAGGUGCAGUUUGUAUGUAUCCCGGUAGAGGACGCCAUUAACCGGUUUAUGACUGCCUUCAUUGUCACAAAAACUGUCAUGAAGCAACAUACCAGUACAGUACGUAAAUGCAUACUUCAUUUCUGGUGGUGUUCCUCUGUCAUAUUUAUCUGUAUAAUUUUUUUGAUGUGUUUCUGUAUCUACAAAUCAAACUAUUGAUUGAUCUGCCUUUAAUUAUUUGUUUUAUUGAUCUUUGGAUACCUUAUUUGAGAGUGGUGAAUUUCUUUACUUCAAUGGUUUGAGCGGUUAUAUAUUGAAUAGCCUAUACCGAGGGGCUUUAAAAUGGGAUGUACAUAUUGUAUCUGCAUUGUGAGUAGAAAUAAUAAAGUUGAACAUAACGAAAACCCAAAUGUCUACGUCUGCCUCAAUUAAAUCCUGAAACGUCAGCAUACCACUC